GUGAAUAUUUAGUUUUAUGAAAAGGUGAAAGGUAAUCAAAAAAUAUUAAGACAAAGUACUUCAACAAAUAUCUAAAAAAUAAAAAGUAACAUUCAUAAAUCAAGUCAAAAUGUUUCCAAAGAAACUAAAUCUAAUAAUCGCAUGCAUAUUAAUCAAACUGACAGUUGCAAGUGAAAUUUGCAACUCCAGCGCAGUGCCGGCUAGACAGCAAACGUUGGACGAGACAUUUAAGCGCACAUCGCCACUUUAUGGCUUAUCAACAAUCAGUGAUGAGCAUUUAAUUAAACAGCAAUGCCACAAACACUUGCAGUUCUUCCAAAAUGGUUUAAGACAGAAAUUGCCUUGGGCAUUGAAAAUGUAUGACGCCUCGGCUAGCCUCGAAUCGGGCUUUACAUUUGGCAACAAUUUCUGGUUGGGCAAUAUUGAGGUCUGUCAUGCCGUCGCUCAACCGGUCAACUUCCAGGUGUCAUCCUACCUACCACAUCAAAUGAAAGCCGAGCUGCUGACCUCCUUUGCGCCGUUCCCCGUCGAGUUUCGCGUUCUCUACUUUCGUCACAACUCCAGUUGGCAAGUGGAUCCCAUUGUGACUGCGUUUGCAACACGCAUUCAUAUGGGUCUCUGUGUGCCCAGCUCUUGUACGGAGCAGGAAAUACGCGGUCUCAUGGAAACCUACUUGUCCAGUGAUCUCUUUGCCGGCAAUGAAUUGUACGAUAUGAACUUGCAAUAUGAUUAUGCGAAGGAUCUUAAGUUGAAGCCGGAUACUUUUCGCAGAACUUCAUUUUAUUUGUGUUGUGUUUUUAUUACUGCAACAGUGGGUCUGACAAUUGCUGCCGCUAUGUUAAAGACAACAACGGUCAUUGAAGAGAUUAAUAUCGGCAAAAGCUCAGACGAAGCGCAAAAAGCUACAGAGAUCUCCACAGCAAACAACAAAGCAUCUGAAAACCAGCAAUUUGUUGUUGCGUCGAGCUUUAUCGCUUGUUAUGACAUACAAACGAAUUGCCAGCAUAUCUUUAAGCCCUCUAAGGCGAGUAACACGUUCGCUGCUUUAAAUGGUAUCCGUUUUGCCAGCGCCAUUGGUGUCACCAUGUAUCAUUACUUAAUGUUCCUCUUCAAUGGCACACGAAAUAAAUUGACACUUUUCGGCUAUCUGGUGCAUAUCGGAAAUGUUGACGUAUUUGUAGAUGUAUUUUUCACCAUCAGCGGAUUCCUACAGGCUUACCAUCACUUUCGGAACGUCGUUGUGUUGGAGAUAAUACGUAAAAAUAAUUUUAAACAAAACAUAAUACUGAUAGGGCUGCAUUUAUUUCAUCGAUACUUGAGAUUGGCACCACUAUACUUCCUAACUAUAGGAGUAUUAGAUUUUAGCGCAAAACUUAUGGAUGAUAUAUCACUAUUUGAUAUCGAUCACAAGCCGCAUCUCAACUGUGAAAAUUAUUGGUGGCGAAAUGUGUUCUUCAUACAGAAUUUCUUCAAUCACAAUGAUAUGUGCUGUCUCUGGACAUGGUCCUUGGCGUGUGACAUGCAGUUCUCGGUAUUGGCCACGGUGCUGCUUUUUCUCUAUGUCAAACAUCCGAAGCGUACAAAGUUAUGCUUAGCAGUUCUUGUUGUGGCAAGCAUUGGAUACACCUAUAACUAUGGACUCAAGCUGAAUUUCGAUGGUACUCUGGAGUCAACGUUCGCCUCUCUAACGGAAAUCUAUAUACAUCCGUUAGCACGCAUUUUGGCUUACAUCUCUGGCAGUAUCGCUGGCUGGUACUUUGUUCAGCAGAAGCAGUUACCAUUUACCAUGGGCAAGCGGACUCAGCAGUUUAUGCUUUAUUUGGUGUUGUUCAUAUUCAUCGGCUGCGUAUUCAAGCCACGCGUUUCUACAUUUUCUGUUUUUACAUCAACGUCCAUUUUACUGUUGGAACGCAUUGUCUUUACCAUCACACUUAGUAUUGUAUUUGUGGCCAGUGGUUAUGGUCACAUACGCUGGUUCUUCGGUUUCUACGAGUCGGUCUUCUAUCAGAAAUUCAGUAGAGUUGCCUACGCAAUGUUUCUGUUGAAUCCAACGUUGACAUUCGCAUUGCCGGCUUAUGGUCGUUCUAACCUCUAUGCCAAUCCUUUGCAAAUGUGUGUAGAAUUAAUCGGUGUGUUGGUUGCUCUAGUAUUAUAUUCAACGGUGAUAACUUUACUCUUCGAAGUACCAUAUCAAAAUCUAUCAAGGCUUCUCAUCAUCCGGCAAAUCAAGAAGAAAAUUUCCUAAUAAUUUAUUUUAAGUAUAACUGUAAAUUUUAAAAUGUGUUGAAUCAACACUGUUGGU